UUUCCUGGGGCCCUGUUAUAUUUACACAUCACUGGCACAUCACAUCAUGGGUUUGUGCUGGUCGCUCUCUGUGAAUUGCGUUGGCUCUCUAGUGGGUUGGGUGAUGCUUAGCACUUGGACAGCUGGAUUCUUUUCCUACCACAUGCCUGUGUGACGGAAAAGUAAAACCAGGGGCAUGUCAUGUGGAUCAAAAUAGAAAACUCCAUAGUUUAUUCUGACAGUUAUUGUAGUAAUGUUUUACCUGCGCGUAGACUAAUCCCUGCACAAGUUGGCCAAUUAGUUAUUGCGAGACAGGGCCUGGUAGGUUUCAGUAGCACCGGCUGUUGACUGCUCUUCUGUCUGCACGUUAAUGGCCGUCUCUUUCCGUUCACAUAUAUACACACAGGAAGCCUGGGAGGGCAGAGCAACCACCUCAAAGAGACACAGACAUACUUCAGCUCAUCUUGGCCUCUUGUAUUCUCCAUACCUUGCAGUUGCAGAUAAGCUCGUUCCUUCCACAGAGAGGAAAAGUGGACUAGAUAGGUACAGAUGGAAGGGUUACAGAGAUCAUCGUCGACUUUCAGAAGGUCCGGCUCGUCGGGCCUGGUCUGGGAUGAGCGGUUCCUGACCGAGGAGGCCGAGGCGCAGGCCGGCGACGCUGGCAAGGAUGAGGCCCAGCCAGACCUGCGGCGUUCCCGGAGCGCCGGUGGUCUCGGCAUGCUGUCACGCCGUGCUGGUGGCGGCGACGACAAGAAGCAGCAGAAGAAGAAACAUCAGGGCCAGAAGGAGGAGGAGCGCGAUCCGCAGGUGUUCAAGACCAAGGACGUGGCCCCCGACGUCGACCCGCCGUCGCCCAGGGUGUCCGGCUGCAUCCUCUGCUCCAUCUUCUCCGGCUCGGGCUCCGGCUCAAAGGCUCGCCGGGGAGGGCGCGCCAAGGCGAAGAAGAAGCAACGGUGAUGCGAUCCUGCAACAGGCUUGAGCCAUGGUGGACGUGAGCGUGUUUAUACUGGACGUCGUCUGUAAUGGAGUGAUAUAUAUACUGAUGUUGGUUUGUACUCUGCUCUACGUAGCCUAUACUACAUGUCAGGUUAGUCUAGUUCCUGUUUUGAUGAUCAGCUCAUCGGUUCAGAUCCAUGGGCAGCAGCUGCUGAGAUCUGGUGUGUGUUCUUGAUCUGGUGGAACUCUUUUUCCCCUCUUUUCUCUCUGGAGCCGCUGCUGGGCCUUGGAUCGGUCGGUGAUCUGUCCAUCUCUUGAUUGUUUGCAUGUGAGGUGUUGGUACUGUACUGUUGUUGGUAUGGAGUGUGUCUGGCUGGGACCUGGGAGUUGCAACCAUAAACAAAUUUGGAGGUGUCAUUAGGCAAAUCAUAUGGUUAUGCGCGUCGGCAUGUGAGUUUGUUUGAAAGUUGGCGGUCGGAUUUGUGAA